AAUAUUUAAAAUGAUUAAAUUCCACUCGGCUGUUAAACGCGUCCUGAUAUUGUUAUCCAAUAGCUCGUUGACGUUGCGUCAUGCACUUAUGCCCGUCGCCGGCGUUCGGUGCACGUGUAGACAACGUACAUAAUGUUAUAAUGCACCUAAAACAUGCCGCUCAUAAUAUUUUGGCCAUAAUCGUACUGGUCCAAGGCAAACAGUGAGUAGUACAUCGCCAGUCGCCGUCGGUCACGAACGUAGUAAUUUGGUGAACAGUCACUGCGCUAUAGUGUACCAAUACAUGAUAUCAACAUAAAUAUAUAUUAUUAUCAUCACAAAAAGUUUUUUGUGCUUCGUUGAUAUACACGAUUCUACGGUGCGCAAUACGAAAAUGUAUCUCUUGGACGGUAGUUUUAUCAGUGGGAUUUUGCCGUAUGCAGACUACGACAAUGUCAUGAAACAUCCACUUUGGGGAUCGAAUUUACUGUUAACUAACGAAGAAGCUGUGGUUAAUGGUCACAAAGAUUAUAUAAAAGCCGGAGCGGAAUUUCUAACCACUAACACAUACCAGGCGAGUAUCGAAGGUUUUCGGAAAUACUUGGACUUAAACUUUGAUCAGAGCUUUGAGUUAAUUAAAAAAUCUGUGGCGAUUUGUCGACGAGCAAUAAUGGAAGAAAGUUCUGGACGGACAGUGCGAAUAAUGGGAUCAGUCGGCCCGUACGGCGCUUCACUGUGCGACGGUUCCGAGUACACGGGCAGUUAUAUCGACAAGAUCGAUUUAAAAGAACUGUACGAUUGGCACAAACCUCGGAUCCAAGCACUGGUGGAGGCUGGUGUCGAUGUCGUACUUUUCGAAACGAUUCCUUCGGUCGACGAGGCCGACAUUUUACUAAACAUAUUGUCCGAGUUUCCAAAUCAAAAAGCGUGCUUGUCGUUCUCCUGUAAGGACAGCGAACACUUAAGUCACGGAGAGACAUUUGCAAGCGCCGUUGAAAAGUUCUGGUCGAAUGAUUCUCGAAAACAGUUGAUUGCUAUUGGCAUGAACUGCCUGGACCCAACACUCAUCACACCACUUUUGACGUCCGUAAAAACUGAGAACGUCGAUUUCAUUACCUAUCCAAAUGGAGGUGGCGUGUGGGAUGCUGUUAAAAAAUGUUGGGAUAAUACUCAAAAGUAUCAAAUUUCCAUCGACGAUCUGAACAUAUGGAGUAAAAAAGGUCUGAAAAUAAUUGGAGGUUGUUGUAACACCGAUGCGACUGAAAUAUUGCGUUUUAGAAACUUGAUUGACAACUUGUCUUCAUAACAAUAAAUUUUAUAUUACUAUUAAUAAUUUGGGAUUUAAAAUCAAUUGUAAAUUAUUCGUUUAAAUAUUAAAUUUAUAAUUUAACAAUAUUUGUUUAAAAAUAUUUAUGAAAAUAAAAAAUGCGUAUAUUGGAA